AUGUAUCUCCAGAGAUCUCCUUCUGGCGCUGCCGUGGUGCCCAACGUUAUUGGAGGCGAGGUUGUCUCUCUGCCUGAAACCCAGAACUUCCCUGUCAUCCAAGGUUCAACCGGUGAAACCAUCCACUACGCUCAAAGUGCCACCGUCGACGUCGGAAUCAAUGCCGUCGAGACUGCUGCUAAUGCAUUCAAGACAUGGAGGAAGACUCCGCUGUCUCAGCGCCGAGCAAUAUUGGAUAAAGUUGCCGGCAUCUUGGAGACCAAGGCCGAGGAGUUGGCCAAAAGAGAGAUCCCAGAGACCAGUUGUGAUCCGCACUGGCCAGAGUUCGAAUCAACUUAUGCGUCAAAGUUUCUGAGGGAGACGUCUGCCAAUGUUGCAACCGUGUGUGGGAGUAUUCCUGACUCCGAAGUUCCUGGUACAACUUCAUUCGUGUUUCGAGAGCCCGUUGGUGUCGUCCUUACUAUCAUACCAUGGAAUGCUCCGACGAUUCUAGCCUGUCGUGGCAUCGCUGCAGCCCUCGCAGCAGGCUGUACCGUGGUCUUCAAAGCGUCUGAGCUGUGCCCAUGGACUCACCAGCUAGUACUGGAAGUCUUCGCCGAAGCGGGACUCCCCGCCGGCGUAUUGAACAAGAUUCAAUGCGCUCGUGCUGACGGUCCCGCGGUUACGGAAGCUAUAAUCAGCCAUCCGGCUCUAAGGAAGGUCGAAUUCAUCGGCAGCGCGGCGGUUGGGAGGAUUAUAGGGAGUAUUGCGGCCAAGCAUCUGAAGCCUAUUUUGAUGGAGCUGGGAGACCAAAGCCCGGCCAUUGUCCUGGAAGAUGCCGAUUUGAAAGCUGCCGUGAAGAAUUGUGUGCAAGCAACCAUCGCCCACCAUGGCCAGAUCUGUUUCGGCACAGAGCGGAUCAUCGUACAUGAGAAGGUGGCCCAGGAGUUCUCCCAACUCCUCAUCGAAGCCACCAAAUCUAUACCCUCAGCUGGCCAUGCCAUCACCGCAGAGGGAGCAAAACGCGCCCACGAUAUCCUCGAAGAAGCCGUCGCUGAUGGUGCCCAGUUCCUCGUCGGCAGCGCCAACUACACGGGACGGGCCUCCCUUGAACCUUCGAUUUUGACGCAUGUGAAUUCAAAGUCUCGGUUAUCCCGCGAAGAGUCCUUCGCCCCAUCUGCGAGUUUGUAUGUGGUCAAGAGUGACGAGGAGGCGGUGACCCUGGCGAACAACACACCAUAUGGGCUUUCGGCGUCCGUCUUUACAAGGAAUCACGCCAAGGGACUGGCCCUGGCCCGAGACUUGGAGUUCGGCCAGGUCCAAAUCAACUCCCACACCAUGUCCUUCAACGGUAAGGUUCUUUUCGGCCCAUCUUGA